ACGAGAUAAUCUAUCUCUCUUUCUCUCUCUUUCUCUCUCUCUCUCAUUGUGGAACGGAGCUUUAAAAUAUCCCUGUGACCAUUCACCUACACAGUCAGUCCGAUCGUGUACCGAAGAUGGGAGUUGUGAAGACGGCGUCGGAGAGCAUCCUCGAGGAGACCGUGAUGCCGAGCGAGGAAGCGAAUUACUCGCAGCAGGGUUACGCCGAAGAAUGGAGCGAAAACUUUCCCUAUCAGCUUCUAAUAGCGGCAGGAGUAGCCCUGGUUGGUAUUGUUCUCCUGGCAGCGGUGAGUUUCCAAUGCUCUUCCACUUGGCGAUGGAUAAUGAACAUAACUCGACAUGAGAAUGUUGAGGACACAGAGACCGAUCAGAUUCAACAAAAUGCAAUUCGCAUCAGCCAUUCUCUUCCGGACCUUCAAUCGGAACCAAUUACUCAUGAAUACGUUCAAGAGCAGAAGGAUAAUAAGAAGGUAUUGCGUCAAACCACUUUACCCAUCGUGCCAAUGAGACAUCAAAGUUUUCAACGUCAAUUAUCGCAUCGACUUGAUCUGCCUAACAUUAAAUUUAGUAUUUGCAGUUUCGAAAAUCGCAGCGACUCCAGUCUUGGCCUUAUCAAGCCGGAGUUGUAUAAAAAGGAACUUGUGAGACAAGAGAGCGCGGAAAGCUCCAGUACAACAGAAAUGGAAUACGCCGGAAAAUUACAUUUUGCUCUACGCUAUGACAAAGAAAUCGAAGGUCUCGUUGUCAAAGUUCUAGAAGCUCGCGAAUUGCCAAUAAAAGAUGUAACGGGUAGUAGUGAUCCGUAUGUGAAGGUGUAUCUGUUACCGGAUAGGAAGAAGAAGUUUCAAACAAAAGUACAUCGAAAGAAUUUGAAUCCAAUAUUCAAUGAAACGUUUAUCUUUAGUGUAUCCUAUGAAGAAUUGAGGGAACGUUACUUACAAUUCUCAGUGUAUGACUUCGAUCGAUUUUCACGUCACGAUCUCAUUGGACAAGUAGUUCUUAAAGGGCUCUUAGAUUGUACUGACCUUGAGCAAGAAAUCGAAUAUACAAUGGACAUUCUCUGUGCUUUGCAGGAGAAAGUCGAUCUGGGAGAAUUGAUGUUGUCAUUGUGCUAUCUACCAACCGCUGGUCGUUUGACAUUAACUGUCGUCAAAGCCAGAAAUUUAAAAGGAAUGGAUAUAACGGGUAAAUCAGAUCCUUAUGUGAAAGUCUAUCUGCUAUGUCAAGGCAAAAGAAUAAAGAAGAAAAAGACAACGGUAAAGAAGAAUACUCUUUAUCCCAUUUACAAUGAGGCACUCGUUUUUGAUGUUCCCUCAGAUAACAUCGAGGAUGUCAGUCUUAUAGUGAAAGUAAUUGAUUACGACAGAAUCGGAUCGAAUGAGUUGAUGGGCUGUACCGCGAUUGGAUCGAGCUUUAUUGGAAUAGGCCGUGAUCACUGGUUAGAAAUGCUAGAUACUCCAAGAAAACCAGUAGCACAAUGGUAUCCAUUAAUGGAAACUGUAGCUGGUCAUAUUCCAGCCGUGGAUUCGGAAUCACUUCCAGUAAGCCUAAGCUGCUUAAACAGGGUUAACAGAUGAAGACAAAAGACAGAAAGUAAAUACUGCAAGAGCUCGCAAAUAUUGUCGGACGUCGGCUUGGAUAUCGUCUCCUUCUGUCGUCAUUUAAUGCACAUCGCUUGACUGACUUAAGUACAACUUCCGUCUCAAAGGAAGGCCGGAAGGCGAACUCUGUGCUUUGCAAUCUUAUCUCGUGCAGCAGGCAUGAAAUAAUAAACGAUCCGGCGUAACGAAAAAAACCACUCACUCG